GGGCGGGGAGGGCCUGUAUAUAUACUCGCCACAGCACCGGCGCAGCGGAGGGCCGAGGCCAGUGGGCAAACCCCCCGGGAGAGAUCAGCAGAGAGGUAAAGGGAAACGAAACGCAAACGGCUGAAUCAGAGCAGCGUUUCUUCCGGCCGGGCCGUUUCCUUUGGGUUUGGGUGGGCAAGGGCAGCUAAUAACUAGCGAGGUGAGAGCGUGGUCAGGUCAGGUGAGGUUUGCCGACAGCGAGCGACAUGAGCUUCAGGCUUGGGGGCGCGGUGGGGCGCGAGGAGGGGGACGAGGAGCUGUUCGAGACGGCGUCGUACGUCUCCGGCGGCGAGGAGUCCGACGCCGACGAGGGGGACCACUUCCCUGACAGCGGCGCUGCUGGGCAGGGCGACCAGGACCACCAGCGCUUGUUCGUGCCGCAGCCGCUCCGGAGGAUGAACUCGGACAGCAUCUACGACAUGGCGUCCAUGAUGUCGCAGCUCCCAGCCAAGAAGGGCCUGUCGCGGUACUACGAGGGCAAGUCCCAGUCGUUCGCGUGCAUGUCGGAGGUGCGCUGCCUGGAGGACCUGCGCAAGAAGGACAACCCCUACCAGCAGAAGAUCAAGUCCUGCAAGAGCUACGUCGCGCUGGGAGGGAUGGCAAAGAAGCCCUCCUCAGGCUCCUGCGCCAACCUCAGCCUCGCGGCCGCCAGCGGGUUCAGGACGACGCCGAUUCAGAACGGAUACCAUCAGUAGGCGGGGGCGCUGCAGACCGCACCCGCAGGAAUGUUUUUGUUCUUGAUGAGGGUCUCUGGAAGUUUUUCUUUUUUGUUUGUUUUCCCUUUCUUUUCUCCCUUCUCUUCCCGCUUCAUCUGCGGGGAUUUUUAUUCACGGGCGCAUUAGUCCGUCAGAGUUUUACGAGGUGUUCAACUGUUUCUUGCUCCGCUAUCACUAGAGGAACCUUGACCGUUUCGUACUUGCUGUUCGGAAGGGAAAAACACUCUUCUAUGUGUACUGUAAAUACGGAGCACAACAGUGCCAGGGAGGGAAUCAUCGACCAUUUUACUUCUUUAGUUCAUGUGUA